UAAUCAAGUAAUCAUAGAUAGUGUUUACUAUUUUUUUGAGGUCAAGUCAAACAGUAAUGAAUAUUUUUGCUAUUUAGAAAUAAAGACGUUUUAGUUCUUAAAGCUCCACCUUUUGAAGUGGCAGGAAGCGACUGCAUGUGUGCAAAGAUCCAGUACCACUGUUCCAGUGAUUGGGUUAGAGUAUAGUAAUAUGGUCUCUGCUACAGCUCUCUUGUUGUAUCUCUCCUCUCUACUUCUCAACGCGGCUUCACAAAGACUCGAUGUAUACAUCGUCUAUUCUAAUUCAGGGACGUACAAUUCUACACCAGCUCUUCUUGGGGCCACAGACGCUAUAGCAGCUUUUUCCAACGAACUACUACCUCAAUACUCACUUAACAUAACUCCCCUAGACGAUAAGUGCAAUGCUUCAAGAGGGCUACAAGAAACUCUUCAAUACGUGUCUCGCCCGUCUCCCUUUGUCUCCAUUAUAGGCGGUGGUUGUCCCUCAACUACAUCUCCACUCUUAGAGAUUGCAGAAUACCUGAAAAUACCUCUUAUAUCGUAUAAUCCUGGCUUAAUGAGAUACUCGCAGAACUAUGUACAAGUGUUUCCAUCAAGAGUCUCCCUUGUUUCAUCGCUUGCUGCUGUUAUUUCAGAAUACGGGUGGAGUCAGAUUUCAGUGAUCACGGAAGUCGAUGAUAAUUUUUUGAAGGUCGAGUAUGCCUUAAAGCUAAGACUGAAAUCAGAAAACGUCAAAGUAUUGGACACAGUUCACAUGAGACCGCAGACAAAUAUCACAGCUGAUCUUUUAUUUAGGACAGAGGCUAGGGUAUUCUUCCUUAACACAUACCAGAAUACAGCAAGAAGGGUUUUAUGCACAGCACAUCGUAAUAAUACAUACUAUCCUGGCUAUGCUUGGCUGAUAUACGACUGGUACAAUGAGGACUGGUAUCUAACUGACGACAGUUCUGGUUGUAUGCAACGAGAGAUUAAUGAAGCACUAGACAGAGCAAUCACAAUAAGGCAGCACAAAGAGAUAAGGCCCUCAGAGAUGGAUGGAUAUGCUUUUGCUUAUGAUGCAAUGGUGUCUUUAAUGAGAGGUCUCAAUAGGACCCAGUCAAUGAUUGAUGAAGGGAUCAAUCAUAAUACCUCGUGCCCUGGGGGACUGCCGAGCUCCAUCAACGAGACUAGUAACAUUAGUAACUGUGUCAUUCGUAGCAACAUUAUUGAGUCUGCCUUUCAAGGGAAAUCGGGUGAUGUAUCAUUCACUAGUGAUGGGAUAAGAAAGACUAUCAUAACAUACGUCUCACAAUACAGAGAAAAUGGCGGUCAGCUACAAGUAGAGCCAUUUGCUACAGUUAAUGUCUCGGAGUCUUUGUUUAAUUAUUUUUCGAAUGAGAGCAAUUCUACAGUUUGGCCUGAUGGCGUCCCUCCUGACGGCACUCCAAUAUACGAAUUCAGCUCAUUCUCUAUCAUCCUCGUCAUCGUUAUGUACCUAUGGUCAUCGGUCGGUAUAAUAUUUACCGUCAUCUGCCUUAUAUUCAACAUUAUCUUCAGGAACAGAAAGAUUAUUCGUCUUACCAGUCCUAAUCUUAAUUAUUUUAUCAUUGCCGGUGCCAUUAUCCUCUACUCUCUUCCAUUCGUCACGCUCCAGCCAUCCAACGCUGAGACCGUUUCUCUUUUUGUCUGCAUUGCUAACAUAUGGAUGUUAUCUCUUGGCAUUACUUCUAUCUUUGCACCAAUGCUUGCAAAAAUGUUCAGAAUAUACAGAAUAUUCCGUAAUCCAAGAGCAAAUAAGAAAGUAUUGACCGAUUGGCAUCUGUUCUUUUUUGUUUUUAUACUGGAGGGUAUUCUCAUUUUCAUAUUGUUUCUUGGUACAGCCAUACCCUUCACUAGACCCGAAGUAUCUUAUUCUGAAGAUCCUGAGUCUCCUCCCAUCAUUAACGAGGAUGGUAUUAAAGUUAUAUACCAAGGUGUCAAUUGUUAUCAUGCUGCCUCGUUAGUAUGGAUAUUUGUGAUCUAUAUCUACAUACUCAUCCUGGAGGCUAUUGCUGUUGUAUUGGCUGCAAAGACUCGCGGAGUGAAAGUUGAAGCAGUCAACGAUUCCAAAGAAGUGGUUGCCAUUGUGUAUAUAGUAACUGCUUGCUCUGUUAGCGUUAUCAUCAUUGUUACUGUACUCUCAGAGUUCACUAAUAUAUCUGAAGGAUUGUACCUAACAGCUGCUCUCAUAGGAACCACUAGUACCGUCACAUUGAUGUUCUUACCAAAGAUGUGGUCAUUAUAUAAAGAUCCCACUGGAGAGAAUGUGUUUGAGCCGACCACCAUCAAAUCAAGCAGUGGCAUACAAUCGCAAAUACAUCGUCAGGACUCCGAGAAAAUUGUAUCUCUUCAAAGAGAAGUCGGGACACUGAAGAAGAUACUAAGAGAAAAUAGUGUUCGAUUAAUGAGUGUGCCUGAAGCAGUGAAUGAGAUUGAUGGUGAUGAGUCUAAUAAUAAGAAUGGAGGGCUAAGAGGUCUAACCAACAGCUGCAGUCAACUGCCUGAGGUAUUCGGCGAUCCACUUACACCUGGAGAUGAAGAAAAAACACUUUAAUAGCAUGAUAUAAUAACAAUGAUAAUAAUAAUAAUAAUAACAUGAUAAUAGUUUGUUCUAUGAUUCAUUUGUUCAGUCGGUUUUUCCACUUUUAUUAAUUCUUGUUCUUUUUUUAAAAAGUUUUGUCUCGUUUUGUUUUUAUUUAUCUACAAUGUGUUGUACUCAGUUUUCCUGUCUAUUUCUGCACUCAAUCUCUCCUUUCCUCUCUCUCUCUUUUAAAUCUUUUUUAUAUUAGUCAUGUUCAUGUACAUGUAUAAUUAUGUUGAAUUUUUAAAUAAAAUAAUUUCUCCUGUAUCAGGAGCGGAGCCCAUA